UUUAACCGAAAUUACAGUUCUUCUCCCACAAAAAUCAUCGAAAAAAAACAAAAUAAUGACAAUUCGGCACCCUCCCCAUACGCCGACACCUACAAAAUGAACCACUCGAGACGCGGAAUCGCCAUUAUUUUCAACCACGUCAAUUUCUCCGCCCCCGAAUGUAGCAAAAGGGACGGAUCGGACAAAGAUCGCGACGAUUUGYUGGACGUUUUGCACGAUUUGGACUUUGACCUUUUGGUACACAACGAUUUGGCAGCCCACGAAAUCGUCGACGUCCUAAUCACAGUUUCGGGAAUGGAUCACAGUGAUUGCGAUUGUAUGGUGAUAAUCGUGAUGAGUCAUGGAGAUAAUGGAAAAGUGUAUGCGAAAGACAGGGAUUAUCGUACGAGUACUUUGUGGAAAUAUUUCAAUGCGAGAAAUUGUCCCACUUUGGCGGGAAAACCGAAACUGUUUUUUAUUCAGGCUUGUAGAGGUACAGGGUUGCACCCCAGUCAAACACUUCGCCAUAAUGGAGUCGAAGAAGACGCUUCUUCUGAUGAUGUUUCAUACACAAUUCCCAUUAUGGCCGAUAUUCUUGUGAUGUAUUCAACAGUGGAGGGUUUCUACUCGUGGCGUGACCCCAAAAAUGGUGGUUAUUUCAUCCAAUCAUUAGUGAAACAAUUAAGAAAUUAUUACAAAACAAAAGACUUGCUCACAAUUCUCACUUUUGUUAAUCGCGAAGUUGCUAUUGAUUUUACAUCGUAUGAGCCUCAACAUCCCCAAUUUUCAGGGCGUAAACAGAUGUGUUCCAUUGUUAGUAUGUUGACACGAUUGUUGUAUUUCACAGAAAGAGAAAUAAAAAAUUAAAUGAUGCUA